CGAGUUCAAACCUCCACCGGAAGUGGGCAGUCUCAUUUCCGGUCUGGCCCGCUUUCCCUCCCGCCGUGGGAGGGGAAGUAGAGAAGAAAAGACAAGCGGAGGCGAUUUUCCCCUCCCCCUUUUCCUUUUUAAUUUUUUCUUAAAAGGGCCUUUCGACAUUCGCGCGUGCUCGGUCUGGAAAUUCUGGAAGCGGGCUUCCCGCCUCAGAACCCGGAAGUGCCGUGUCCCGCUUCCGGUCCUCUGCUGUCUCCUUUCCCCCCCCACUGCUGUUCCUCCUCCUUUUUCUUUCUUUCUUUCUUUCUUUCUUCCUUCCUUCCCUCCCUCCCUCCCUCCCUUCCUUCUCCCCUUCCCCCACUUCAAAGCCGCUGUCCCAAAAUGGCGCCCCUGGACUUGGAUAAGUAUGUGGAGAUUGCGCGGCUCUGCAAGUAUCUGCCCGAGAACGACCUCAAGCGCUUGUGUGACUAUGUGUGUGACCUUCUUCUAGAAGAAUCUAACGUGCAGCCAGUUUCUACGCCAGUUACCGUCUGCGGCGACAUACAUGGACAGUUUUAUGAUUUAUGUGAAUUAUUCAGAACUGGAGGUCAGGUUCCUGACACAAACUAUAUAUUUAUGGGUGACUUUGUGGACAGAGGCUAUUACAGCCUCGAGACAUUUACCUACCUUCUUGCCCUAAAAGCAAAAUGGCCCGAUCGCAUCACACUCUUGCGUGGAAAUCAUGAAAGCAGACAGAUAACGCAGGUGUAUGGAUUUUAUGAUGAAUGCCAAACUAAAUAUGGUAAUGCUAAUGCCUGGAGAUACUGCACCAAAGUCUUUGACAUGCUCACGGUAGCAGCGUUAAUAGAUGAGCAAAUCCUCUGCGUACACGGGGGCCUGUCUCCAGACAUCAAAACACUGGACCAGAUCCGAACCAUCGAGCGCAACCAAGAAAUCCCACACAAAGGAGCUUUUUGCGACCUCGUUUGGUCUGACCCGGAAGAUGUCGACACUUGGGCCAUUAGUCCCCGAGGAGCUGGCUGGCUGUUUGGGGCAAAAGUCACCAAUGAGUUUGUCCACAUCAACAACUUAAAGCUCAUCUGCCGAGCCCACCAGCUGGUGCACGAAGGUUAUAAGUUCAUGUUUGAUGAGAAGCUGGUCACGGUGUGGUCUGCUCCAAACUACUGCUAUCGCUGUGGAAACAUUGCCUCAAUCAUGGUAUUUAAAGAUGUAAAUACGAGAGAACCAAAGCUCUUCCGUGCUGUCCCAGACUCAGAACGUGUGAUCCCCCCGAGAACGACCACACCGUAUUUCCUCUGAGACCGGGCUCUGCCCCUUGUACUGUUUUCUUUUGUCACAUACUUUUUAUCGAGCACUUUGCUGCUGAAAUGCUGCCUCUUGCCUUUUUUAUUUUUAAAUUAUCUAAAUGUGUUGUAUAUUGUCUAUAGUGACGCAUCUCUUAAUUUCCUACCCGCAUACAUGCCUCCUCUCCCACACCUCACCUCCCCGACUGGUCCGAGCGAGUGCUUUUGAAAUAUCCCUGAACAUUUACCUUGCUGGGUUUUUUGUAGUGCUUGUGAUUUUUCUGGGUUUUUUUGGGGGGGGGCGUUCUUUUCUUUCUUUUGUUUAGGGAAACUGCAUUUUCCCUUUAAAAUUUUCAAAAAAUAAAAACAGAGCAAAACAUCAGAACUAGUCUGAUCUCCUUAUUUCAUCUAGGGGGUUGUCUUGGGGGAGGCUAUUUUUGGAUAAGGUUUUAAGAAAUUUCAGCAGCAAAGUUGUGUUUAGUGUACGUGAUGGGUCUUUCCAAGCCCAGCUAGUAUACAUACAUCUAAGAUGUAAAAAAUGAAUUGUCCUGGUUUAUAUUUUGAGUUAAGCCAGCAUAAAUAAGUGAUUUAAAAGUCUGCCCCUGAUUUUUCUUUGUUGCUUUUUUUUUUAGGAUUUAAACUAAAAUACAAAACCCGGUACAGGUAUUUGAAUUUGUACAUUAAAAUAAUUGUUCUGAUUUUUCUCAGAUACCUUGUAUUUUUAAUAAAGUCAUAUCUUGAAGUCAACUUCUAGGUUAAGCAUUCAAAAUAAAACCCUACAUUGCUGAUGUGAA